AUGGCGGGCGGGUGGCAGUGGGUGGCGGCCCGACAGAGAUGUGAGUGUGCGCUAGAAUUGUAUAUGGCGAGGGCAGGGGAAGUGUACCAUGCUCAGGAUGAUCACCUCCACUUAAGUGUCAAAAUGGUGGAUCAGCAGCAAUUUUGUCUGCGGUGGAAUAACCAUGGGUCAACUCUGGUCGCUGUUUUUGAUAACCUAUUGGCCAGCGAGUCUCUGGUGGACGUCACACUCUUCGCAGAGGGCCAGCUGCUCAAAGCACACAAAGUUGUUUUAUCAGCGUGUUCGCCAUAUUUCCAGGACCUAGUAAUACAGCUGCACAAUAAACGCAAUAACAUUUAG